AGCAACUGAUUUGCUAUACAAUUAGAGUUUGUGUUUGUGUUAGUAUGAGGUUACAAAUAUUGGUAGGUGAGUUACAUUAUCCAGCCAUGAUCACAACUCAGAAGAAGCUCAUAAUCUUCCUCACCACUUUGAUGAUCUCAUUCCAUUUCUUCCAUUCUGCUGAUGCAAACAAGUCCAGUCCUUCUGCCUGUCAGCAGUAUAAUCAAUUCUUUCCGCCUCAAGACCGACCCCAGCAGAAGUUGUCCUUCUUCUUCCUGCUCCACUGCGGCCAUCCCAAAUUCGAACUAACGAUCUCACCUUCCUCUAUCUAAAUUGUAUCAAAUACUAUCUCAAAGAUAUCAACUACCAAUCCAUCACUAUUAGGGUGGUUGAUGCUUCCAUAAACAAUGAUACAAUCUGCUCUUCGCUUAUCCAUUCCUCAUACGACUCAUUGCUCUACACUAGUCCUGAUUUGCCGUACUAUAUUCCUCAUCUUUACUUUGAGGAUUGGUCGGUUACCUUUAUUAGCUGCCCCAUUCCGUUUAACAGUUCUUCACUCUAUAAAGAUAUUACUCAAGUUUGUGCCUCUAAUUUAUCGCAUCCCAAACUUAGAUAUGUACGCGUUCACGGCCUCAGAGAUACCACAUAUGUGUCGAUUAGAUCUAAAGCUCGCGACAUCGUGCAGGGGAUUCAUAGAUCAGAAUAAUGUUUCACUCCCAGAAAUUCAUCAAUCUCUCUUGUAUGGAAAAACUCUUCUUGGGACCUACUCGUAAGGAUUCACACUUUGGAAUUCUAACGGCAUAGUAUUUCAUCAAUUUUGUCACAUCAGUCAAAAAAAGAUCUAAUUUUGUGAAAGAAAUACUAUCAGUUUUCAUAAUCGCAGGGGUAAGCCUUCCUUUUACUAUCAUCAUCGGAAUUACUUAUCUAUUAGUACUCUCAUUAACUCAAGAAUGUAAGAAUCAUCAAUUUCAUUUUUUUGUUAAGCUGCCUCUCUUAAGUUCUCAAAGGUUUCUUUGUAAUUCGCAGACUACUAAGAAACUGAUUACAUUACAUUCUAUGGUACACUCUCUAAAUUUAGUGAUCAGAUGACUUUGAAUUUCAACAUUGUUAAUCCUGUCUCCUUUUUUGUGUAUAUAUAUCUGCAGCCUCUGUCGUGAGUUAUGUGGUAAUUAUAGAAAAUCUUCAGUUUGUUUAACCACAGCAUUAAACCCAAUUUUCAUAAUCAUGCUUUUCUUUCUUAUUUACAUCCACAGCUCUGGUAUACGUGUACAGCCAAAUUUUUAUUACAACGUCCCAAAUGAAGUUGAUGAACUCGAGUUUCCUGCCAUCAUCGGCAUUAUCAUCUUGGCACCAAGGAUAAUCAUAUCUCCUUUGAUAUUCUGGUUUUUGAUCAACAAAUUCCGGAGAAGGCGUUUGUCCUCUUUCGAGGGAGUAGAGUCAUACCUACAAAGUGACAACAAACUCGCUCCAAUUAGGUAUUCCUAUUCGGACAUAAAGAAGAUGACUAAAAAUUUCAAAGAUAAAGUAGGCCAAGGCGGGUUCGGAUAUGUUUACAUGGGAAAGCUCCGAAGUGGCCAUCUUGUAGCAGUCAAAUUGCUCAGAAAAUUCGGAGCAAACGGGAAAGACUUCAUUAAUGAAAUAGCAACUAUUGGGAGGAUCCAUCAUGUAAAUGUUGUCCAGCUUGUUGCAUAUUGUGCUGAAAGAUCCAAGCGUGCCUUUAUUUUUGAUUUCAUGCCAAAUGGUUCCCUUGACAAGUACAUCUUCAAUCGAGAAAAAACACUUUCAUUGAAAUGGGAUAUGAAAUUUAAGAUUGCAGUUCAAGUGGCUCGAGGGAUUGAGUAUUUGCACCAUGGUUGUGACAUCCAGAUCUUACAUUUUGACAUCAAACCUCAUAAUAUACUUCUUGAUGAUAAGUUCAUCCCAAAAAUAUCAGAUUUUGGGUUGGCAAAAUUAUGUGCCUCAAACAAGGAGUCAGUGACAUUGACAGCUGCUAGAGGAACCAUAGGGUACGUUGCUCCUGAACUUAUCAAUAGAUGUAUUGGCACAGUGUCUUACAAGGCUGAUGUAUAUAGUUUUGGGAUGUUGAUGGAAAUGGUGAGAUUAAACAAAGGCUUGACGCAAAACAAUGAUGAAUCCAGUAAGUAUUUCCCGCUCUGGAUAUACGACCACUUGAACCAAGGUAGGGACAUUGACAAAGGGCUGCUAGACUCAUGUCCUAACAACCGAAUGGUCGAAGCAGAGGUCUACAACAUUUUCUAUGAAGUGGUGAAUCCCGAGUCCAAGGAUUUGAUGAACUCCUCGAGCGGGGGAAAUUUCACUAAGAAGUGUGUGAGCUAAGCCAGAGAGAUUCUAGGAAGAUUAAUUGAGGCAAAGAAGACGUAUGAUCAGCCGCGUGCCAUUCUCAGAAGAGGAUCAGCUAAUUCAAUCAUAGAUUAGGGCGACGAGAAGGUGGAGGCCCGAAUGGACAGAUUAGAGAAAGCACUCUUGAGUGCUAUAAAGAAGAACAAUCAGCCGGCCCCACCAGAGAAGGUGUAAGCACCAAUUCCAGAGGAAAUGCAAACUCAACCCUACUAUGGUCCACCCGGGGGAGGGAGAAUUUCAAGCUCAGGUAAAUUCGAUGGGAAGCUGGAAUUCGAAUGGAAGUUGGAACCCAGGGAAGAAAAGAAAACCACAUGAAGGGACCACCCAAACUUUAGAUGGUCUGAUAAUGACCCGAAUCUACCACCCCAGCAGUAGAACACCAACUAUUCGAACCCUCAGGAGCGGCAACCUAACUGGUCAGGCAGAAACUAAGAGGAACAGAACAAUUGGGGCAACCGAAAUCAGGGGGACCAAUCUAACUGGGUCAAUAGGAAUCAGAACAAUCCAGCAAACUCCUAUGUGCCACCACACUAAAGGAAUUACCAGGGCAACAACCAAAACCCUCAGCCCAAUUACCAAGGGAAUCAAAAGUAUCAAGGGUCGAGUCAUCAAUACAACAACAAUCAAUGAAGAGCCUCAAUGAAGGGUAUCAAGGGUCGAGUCAUCAGGGUAGAUUUCGUCCAAAUCAGGGACAUGGACCAAACCACCAUCAAGGACCGAAUACUAGUCACCCAAACUCCAGACACUUGUAGAGCCUCAAUUAGAUGGUGAACGAUUUGGUCAGCUCACGACAGCACAUGCGGAAUAAUAUGCAUUCCAACAAUGAUGUGGUACAUAAGCUUCAGGAUGCUUAAGUUGAGCACAAGGCAGCUAUGAACAUGCUGGCGAAGCUGUUAUCUCAGAUCGCGACUUUCCUAAGUGAAAUGCGCGAGAACGAAGGACAGAUUCCUGCCACAUUCAAGCCACCGGACAGGGCGAACAUCAGUCAAAUCACCCUUAGGUCUGGAUGAGAGUAUAAAGGCCCGACAAUGAAAAUUGAUGACAGAACAUCGCCUGUGGUGAGCAGGAAAAUGAUAACCCAACCCCACAAAAGGAAGACACUGAAAUAGGGGAAGUUGAAAUAGGGGAAGCUAAAACGGAGGAUGAUAUCCAGAUCGGAGACUUGGGGAAACCAGUACCCCGAAUGGCUGACCCGUUUUUCCUAGACCCAGGAACUUGGUGGAGGUUGAAGACAUGAGGAAAGAGACUGGAGAGUCAUCUAAGGGAUAUUCCAGCAACACGGUCAAACAAGUGAAGCCCUUUCCCUACCUAGGGGAAGUCAGAAAAAAGAAAGAUGAUCCAGUAGACUUCAUGGAAAUCUUCGGCAAGCUGGAAAUCAACCUACCAUUCCUACAUGUUCUGAAGUGGCCUCUGCUCAGCAAGUUCAUCAAGGAAUUUAUCGCUGGGAAGACUAAACCCAAUGGCAAAAUAGUGAUCGGAGAAACUGUGUCAGCGGUGAUUCAGAAGCGGAUGAUGCCGUCAAAACGCACUGACCCAAGUGUGUUCACUCUUCCCAUUUCAAUUGGGGACAUUAGAAUUGAGCACGUUAUGUGUGACCUAGGAGCAUCAAUAAAUGUUUUACUGCUUUGCAUCUAUAAGAAGUUGGUAGGAGUAAGAAUCAUUGAUACGAAUGUGGUGAUCCAGUUAGCGGAUAGGUCAAGCAUUAGUCCAGAGGGUGUGCUGGAAAAUGUGAUAGUUAAGGUGCAUGAUUUCUUGUAUCCACUGAUUUCCAUGUGAUUAGGAUGAGUGAAAAUGAAUCUGCUGAGUCUAGCAGAGUGCUUUUAGGUAGACCAUUCCUACGCACCGCUAAGACUAUAAUUGGUGUUUUUGAUGGAACAAUUUGUCUAGACUAUCAUGGGGAGAAAUUCACUUUCAAUAUUGAUGAAGCAAUGAAAAAACCUUUAGAUGUGGAAAAUCGUCAUGCUGUGGAUAUCAUUAACCCCUUUGUCCAAGAAUAUCUUGAGACUGAAUUAAUGCAUGAACAUAUUGACAAUUCAUAGUUAAGCCAUUCUAUUGAUAGAGAGGUAGCAGGAUGGUGUGAGGUCAUGAACACUCUAGAGUUGACAGAUGAAGAACUAGCAGAGGCGAUUAUAGAAUUCUGUAAGAGUCCUGAAUCCGCCAGGUCAAGGGGGUCAGCCCAGGUGGCUAGUUUGGAAAAAUUGCCAGGACUUGAAGGAUUAAUCACCAAGGAAAUGGAAAAGAAUCCACUGCCCCAGGAGACAAGUUCGCCAAAGAAGGAGUUAAAGACACUGCCACCAGGUCUAAAGUAUGCUUAUUUGGAGGAGAACGAGACAUUCCCUGUGAUCGUCAAUAGCAACUUGACCCAGGAACAAGAAAAUGAGUUACUGGAAGUGAGCAGGAGAAACAAGAAAGCCAUAGGGUGGACUCUAUCUGACCUAGUGGGAAUCAGUCCCGACCUCUGUAUGCAUCAUAUUCGCUUGGAAGAAGGCGCAAAGGCCUGCCAGGAUUCGCAGAGGAAACUGAACCCGAACAUGAGAGAGGAAGUCUUGAAGGAAGUUCUAAAGUUAAUGUCCUUGGGAAUCAUCUACUCAAUCCCAGAUAGUGAGUAGGUUAGUCCGAUUGACAUAGUGCCAAAGAAGUCGGGUAUACAGGUGGUGAAGAAUGAGAAGAAUGAGCUUGUACCCAUGCGAUUAGUCACGGGAUGGAGAAUGUGUAUCGACUACCGGAAGUUGAAUACAGCCACUGGGAAUGACCACUUCCCCCUGCCUUUCAUUGGCCAAAUAUUGGAGAGGUUAGCCGGGAAACAAUGCUUUUGUUUUCUUGAAGGUUACAAUGGCUACUUCCAGAUUUACGUCGACCAAGAUGAUCAAGACACAACAACAUUCACUUGCCCUUUUGGCACGUAUGCGUAUAGGAAAAUGCCCUUAGGCCUAUGCAAUGCACCUGGAACUUUCCAAAGGUGUAUGAUGAGCAUUUUCUCCGACCUGUUAGAAGAGUGUAUAGAAAUCUUCAUGGAAGACUUCACUGUCUACGGAGAUUCUUUUAAGUCGUGCUUGGGUCAUCUGGAUGUUGUUCUGAGAAGGUGUCAAGAGAAGAACCUCGUCCUUAACUUCGAGAAGUGUCAUUUUAUGGUCCCAGAGGGAAUUGUCCUGGGCAAUGUUGUAUCUGAGAGAGGAAUCCAAUUCGACAAGGUGAAAGUGGAUGUAAUCUCGAAGCUACCUUAUCCGACAAGUCACAAGGAAGUGAGAGGAUUCUUAGGCCAUGCGGGUUUUUACGGAAGGUUCAUAAAGGAUUUUGAGAAGAUCGCGCAACCACUUACCCGCCUCCUAUAGAAUGAUGUCGAUUUUGUCUUUGACGAGGCAUGUAUCAGCCUUGAAGGAUAAGCUUGUAACAACCCCGAUAAUCAGAGCUCCAGACUGGAAUCACCCCUUCGAGGUGAUGUGCGAUGCCAGUGACUUUGCAGUCGGAGCAGUACUAGGUCAAAGGAUUGAUGGAAAGAGCUACGUAAUUUUCUACGCCUCGAAGACUCUCAACCAGGCCCAGAAGAAUUACGACACCGCGGAGAAAGAAAUGCUAGCUGUUGUGUAUUCGUUUGAGAAGUUCCAACCAUAUCUACUUGGGUCGAGGGUGAUAGUAUUAACUGAUCACGCAACUAUUAAGUACAUGUUGGCGAAGAAAGUGUCUAAGCCAAGACUAAUCCUAUGGGUGUUGUUACUACAAGAAUUUGACUGGGAAGUGAGGGACAAGAAGGGGACGGAGAACAAAGUGGUUGAUCAUCUAAGCAGGAUAUUUCAAGGAGACACGGAGGAAGCUAUAUCUGAUGAAUUCCCCGAGGAACAUCUCUACUAUGUCGGGGGAUCCUCUAGACCGAUUAAGUGGUCAGAAGUGUUAGCAGUAACAGGCCCGUGAGGUUCAGAGAAAGAGAAACAUAAGCUGAAUGAAGAAAUUUGGUUCGUGGAUCUGGUAAAUUUCUUAGUCACAGGAGAGCUUCCUAGUGCACCAGAAGUUUCCCGGGCCCAAAGGAUGAAAAUUAAAAGUGAAGCCAAGUACUAUUUUUGGGACGAUGUGUCCCCGAAUGGGAGCAAAGAUACGUCUUAAAUCAUUGCCAUGCACUGGCAUGUGGAGGUCAUUUUGGGCCAAGGAAGAAAGCUCGGAAGGUUUUAGAUAGCGGAUUUUACUGGCCCUCGUUGAACAAGGACGCUUAUGAGUUCUGCCAGAAUUGCAGCCGCUGCCAACAGACUGGGGGAAUCUCCACUCCUGAUGAGAUACCUCAGGUCCCAGUGAUCGUCUGUGAAGUGUUUAAUGUCUGGGGGAUGGACUUCAUUGGUCUAAUCCCGUCUUCCUACGGCAAUGCUUACAUACUAGUGGAAGUCGACUAUGUAUCAAAAUAGAUAGAGGCUAAGGCGACUGCUACAUGUGAAGCAAAGGAGGUCACGAAAUUUCUUAAGGCCAAUAUUUUCAGCCGAUAUGGAGUGCUGAGGGCAGUCAUUUCAUACCAGGGAACGCAUUUCUGAACCGAACAAUGGAGGCCCUUAUGAAAAAAUACGGAGUGCACCACCGUCUUUCUACUCCGUAUCACCUACAGAGCAACGGGCAUGCAGAAGUGUCCAAACUGUAGAUUAAAAGCAUUUU